GUGAUGAAGAGCCUCCGCCACAAAUACGUCAUCAGUUUCUACCAGGCCAUCGAGACCACCUCCCGCCAUUACAUCAUCAUGGAGUUGGCACCAAGCGGCGAUGUCUUAGAAUGGAUCCAGAAAUCCGGGGCCUGUUCCGAAGCCCUGGCUGGCAAAUGGUUUUCGCAGCUGACCCUGGGCAUCGCCUACCUGCACGGCAAGGGCAUCGUGCAUCGGAUUUGGGAUGGUCGGUUGUAUGGGUGGCCUUGGCUUCACCUUUUCCCCCUUCAUCCCGGCAGGGAUUUGAAGCUGGAGAACCUGUUGCUGGACAAGCGGGAGAACAUCAAGAUCUCGGAUUUCGGCUUUUCCAAGAUGGUGGCCCCCCAGACGCAGCCCCCUCCCACUCCGUCCUACCGCAUGAUGAGCUGCUUUUCCCAUCUCAGCCAAACUUACUGCGGCAGCUUCGCCUACGCCUGCCCGGAGAUCUUGCUGGGCCUGCCCUACAACCCCUUCCUUUCCGACACCUGGAGUAUGGGCGUCAUACUCUACACCUUGGUGGUGGCCCACCUGCCCUUCGACGACACCAACCUCAAGAAGCUGCUGCGGGAGACCCAGAAGGAGGUCAACUUCCCCAGCCACGUCCAGAUCAACGACGAGAUUAAGGACUUGAUCCGUCGCAUUCUGCGCCCGGCCUCGAAACGGUUGAACAUCUUGGAGAUCCUGAAAGUUUCGUGGGUGCUGAAGUUCUUGGCGGAGAAGCCCACCUCCGAAUUGAAGGCCCUGGAGGCCAUCUGCGGACCCCGGACGCCGGAAGCCGGCAAAAGUAGCCCUACGCCCAACACCAAAUCCAAAUCCCUCACUUUUGCGGCGGACAAAAAAAAACCAGCCAGCCGGACUCGGAGCACGGGCCAGAUCAAGCCGUCUAAAAACGCGGAGAAAAGCAGCUGAAUAGCCUAUUAAAAAAAAAAGAGAGAGAGAGA